GCCGCGGGAACCGCCGGAGCCCGCCAGCCCUUAGCGCAGGCUGCGGGGUUUCUGCAAGUCAUCUGAGCCAGCCGAAACGGCGCGCCCCCCCGCGCUGCCCUGCCCGCCCUCACGGAGCCCGGCCGGAUUCAUUCGGAGGGGUUGUUGCGGCUUUUUUUUUUUUUUUUUUCCUCCCCCAUCGCGCUGUGUGUAUUGGUUUCUCUCGUCACCUGCCACGGUUAACUUUCCUGUGACUCGGUUUAACUCUUGAGAUCUACACGGAUGUUGCUCCGAGCACUUCUCUUGCCUUUGCUGUCCCUUGCUGGGAUCGGAUUUCAUACUAACUGGACUCUGUGUGCCUGUAUGCGUGUUCCGAGUGUCUUGAAAUUUUGCUUUCCUUUACAAGAGCUAUGCAUUAAUUGUAACCAAGACCUGUGAAUGACCAUAGGCUUGGCUUGACCUUGAUUUUGAUGGCUUUGUUGGAAGAUCUAAUGAUGUGAUUGCAUUUCAUGAAGCGAUUGCUCUCCAGCCUCUCUGACUUAGGGUAUAAGCCACUUCUGCCACACUGUCACUCAUGGACAGUUCAGAUUUCUUUUAAGCAAACCUUUUGGCUAUUUUUCUUUUCUCACUUCCCCUUUCCCCCCUGUUUCUCCUUAAUGUUGGGAGCCUUAUUCUACACUUUGGUGUGAUUGAUAGUCCUGCUGCUUCGUGCUGCUGUUUUAAAGUACAAUGGCUCUAAGUGGCAACUGCAGGACUUACCUUCCUUCUCGAGAGCAGGGGACUGGGCUGCACUCCUUCCCGGAGGUAGUGGAGCUAAACGUGGGCGGCCAGGUUUACUUCACUCGCCACUCCACCUUGGUUGGCACUCCUCACUCCCUGCUGUGGAAAAUGUUCACCCCAAAGAGAGAGACAGCCAACGAUCUGGCCAAGGACUCCAAGGGAAGAUUCUUCAUCGACAGAGAUGGUUUCCUCUUCCGCUAUAUUCUGGACUAUCUCAGGGACAAGCAAGUGGUUCUGCCUGACCACUUCCCAGAGAAGGGAAGGCUCAAGAGGGAGGCUGAGUACUUCCAGCUCCCGGACUUGGUCAAACUCCUGACUCCUGAUGACAACAAGCAAAGCCCCGAUGAUUAUUGCCACAGUGACUAUGAAGAGGUCUCCCAAGGCAGUGACACGAGAAUAUGCCCACCCUCAUCACUCUUACCGCCUGAUCGGAAGUGGGGAUUCAUUACCAUUGGGUACCGGGGGUCAUGCACUAUUGGCAGGGAGAGCCAAGCAGAUGCCAAAUUCAGGAGAGUCCCAAGGAUUUUGGUUUGUGGAAGGAUUGCUCUGGUCAAAGAGGUCUUUGGAGAAAGUUUGAAUGAAAGCAGAGACCCAGACAGGGCUCCAGAAAGGUACACCUCCAGGUUUUAUCUCAAGUUCAAGCACCUAGAGAGGGCUUUCGACAUGUUGUCCGAGUGUGGAUUCCACAUGGUGGCCUGUAACUCCUCGGUGACGGCUUCCUUUGUCAACCAGUACACAGACGACAAGGUCUGGUCCAGCUACACUGAAUAUGUCUUCUACCGUGAGCCUUCCCGGUGGUCCUCGUCCCACUGCGACUGCUGCUGCAAGAACGGCAAAGGCGACAAGGAGGGAGAGAGCGGCACGUCGUGCAACGAGCUGUCGACGUCGAGCUGCGACAGUCAGUCGGAGGCCAGCUCUCCCCAGGAGACCGUCAUCUGCGGCCCCGUCACCCGCCAGCCCAACAUACAGACUCUGGACCGGCCAGCCAAGAAGGGGCCGGUGCAGCUGCUGCAGCAGUCCGAGAUCCGGAGGAAGAGCGACCUGCUCCGGACUCUCACCUCUGGCUCCCGAGAGUCCAACUCCAGCAAGAAAAAAGCGGUGAAGGAGAAGCUCUCCAUUGAGGAGGAGCUAGAAAAAUGUAUCCAGGAUUUCCUCAAAAUCAAAAUCCCAGACAGGUUUCCGGAGAGGAAACAUCCCUGGCAAUCUGAACUGCUGCGGAAGUACCACCUAUAGGCUCAGGGUGGGGAAAGCACACGACCUUAUUACCGUUAGAGCAAGAUCCUAAGCGAUACGAAAAUAAUUCCCAAUAAUAAUUAUUUGUUAGGUCACAAAAAAAAAAAAAAUCCAUCUCUGUAGUACUGCCUAAUUUGCCUAUUUCACCUUAACAUUUAUAGUCAUAGGGUAACGAUAUUUUUCCAGUGGUGGAAGCACAAUGACAAACGCUUUUAUUUGUAAACUCUGAGUCUUACACAAGCUGAAUACCUUAAGGGCACAACCAUACCGACAACAAGAGACGCUCAUGUGCGGAUGCUGCUGACGCCGGUGGGAACAUGGCACGUGAGCAGGCAGUGUCCGGGGGUGUCUGUGGACUGCAUGCCUUCUGCGUUCUCCUUGUAGUGCGUUUGUUUGGAGGGAUGUACACAGCUCAAAGAAACAAGCUAUGCCAUGACAGUUUACCUUAAGCAUGUGUAUAUAUAUAUGUGCAUAUAUAUAUAUAUGUGUGUAUAUAUAUCUCUGUGUAUAUAUAUAUGUAUAUAUAUAUCAAUAUAUAUUGCUUAAAGAUUUUCUGGCUCUCUCCUUAUAACUGCACUUUCUCAGAAAAGAGCAUUUUUUAGCAGUCUGUGGAUGUUCCGUUUCUUCUUCAGGUCUUUGAGGGUUGAACAGUAGAAAACCCAUCUCGCUGUCUCUCUCCCCUGCUCCCUUUCUCUUUUUUUCCCCUGCUUUGAGACAGUGUAAAUGCAUUUCAGUGGAGACCGGGGAACAGUGCGUGGGUCUUUGUUGCUGUCAGCAAAAUAUUCCAUUUGUUUUUGACGAUCUUGUUCCCUCUGUGUCCUCCCCACACCUCUUGUCGUGUUUCUCAAGGCUCUCUGGUGCCAGUGGGUUAAACGUGUGAUGAUCCCAGUUGGAAAGCUGUAGGAAUUCUUCCGGGGUCGAGUGCGGUGGCAGGCGGAGUGGCCGUGCCGGUGAGGAUGGCUGGUUUCUGCAGGCUUGCCAGGCGCGUGUGCCAGGAGUGUUUGGCCCCAGCUGGCAGGGAGAGCGGCCGCUGGGUCCUGUCCGGCACAGAAGCGAACACAAGAAAUUAUCCGCCGAACAAGCCACGUUUAGUGCUUUGACUGGCGGGGGAUCGCUUCUAGAGGACAGGAGCAGCACCGUUCCAGCCGUGUGCGUUUCAAGAGAAAACGCAAACCCCAGAAGGGGGUACGCGUAUUCCCUCCCGCAGACGCCUGUCUCGGUGUCGGUCCCGUCCGCAGCCGGUGGCGGGACGUUAGCCAGCAAACCGCGCCGCGUGUCCUGUGUUACCCACUACGUGCUGGCCGGGGAGCCGUGGGAAAGGCUGGUCCUGCACUGAUCGGAGCGGGGGUCCCGCAGCCCACAGCCCCCCGGGGCGCGGGAGCUCGGGGAAGGGGAAUGGGUCAGUCUUGUGGGGUGCAACAGGCUGUUGUUGCCGAGUAAUGCGUGAGCACAGCAGCAAGGGAUGGAGAGCACCCAGGAACCGAGCGUUAGCGAGCGGUCAAAGGCAUAGGGCCAGCAAAACCUGGAGCAGGUAAGCGUCGCGGGGGGGCUCGGCUCAGGGGUGAGCUCGGGCUGCUGGCACGGGCGAGCCAUGGAGAGUGACGGAAAAAUGAAUUGCUCCAGCUAACGUAUUUUGGCCAUAGCUAGGAACAUACCAGCUAGACUAUUUGAGAUAAAUUAUUCGUUUUCUAAAGGUACAGGAAAGAGGAGAUUUUAUAUAUAUAUAAAAAAAAUAUGGGAAGUGAUAGUGCUGGUAACACAAAGCACUUUGAUUCUGACUUAUUUAGCGUCCUGCAGGUUCCAGGGCUUCCCCCCUCUUAAAUCUCAGAGACUGCUAUGGGAGAUGAUGUCAAGUAUGCACAGAUGAUUUCUGUUGAUCUUCAUGCAGUUUCAGCAAGGUGGUAUCUUCGUGCUUGCAGGGCCCUAUUGCACCCACACACCUGGCUGUGACAUUUUUGUUUUGCCAGAAGAACCGUAAGGUCUGCACGAGCACACGGGCAGAGGUUCAUACCCAUUGCUCAGCUGCAGAUGUUAUGCAGGUGUUUAUUGGUGAGGAUGCAAAUCUUACCAGCAAAAAAGGAAGCAAUACGUGUCCAGAGUGAUCCAUAAGCAUGAGCUGGCUGUAGGGCGGGGGGAAAAACCCUCCCAGCAAUACCUCUCCCAGUCUUCGGAGAACAGGGCUUGGAUGUGGCAGCUUGGCAUCAUCUCAGCUGAGGUUUUACACGUGAGAAGGGUGCUAUUUCUUACAGUGGACAUGCAGUGAUGGUAACGCAGAGUGAGGAUUAUGAAACGGAGGAUCUGACCUGGGAAGUGCUGGGCUCAGUGAGAAAACUCAGCACUUCUUGGGGUCAGGCUCUAGAACCAAUUCAGGUUUUAAGACGUUCACUCACAUUCGAGUUCAGGCAUGGUAGUUGUGCAGCCCUCCACUUACCUGCUCAAAAGGCACAUUUUCACAUGGAAAUCAAUGUUUUGCACAAGAUCCACAGAUUUGGCUCCUCUUAGUUAUUUGUUGGUUAGUUUAGAACGUUUUUCUUUUCCUACUCAACGUAUCCUGCAUUUUGCCCCCCAGCUCCAGCACCAAGCAAACAAAACUGGGGAACAGAUCGGGCUCUCCCUCGGGAUUUCCAGCUGAGGCUGCAGUUUGGGAUGGAUCACCCCUCUUCCUUGGCAGCAGACUGCAGCUAAAACCUUGUCCGUCCCACCACUCCAGAUCAUUCCCUGUCUCUUUUUAAUAUCACAACUAUUUGGGCUAUAAAAUCUAUAAAAUACAUGUGAUGGAGUAGAAGAACAGGCUCUGGGUGUGUGUGUGUGGUGGGUGGGGGGGGUUGUGUGUGUUCCCAGACUGACGUUCAGGGUGCUCAGGAUUGGACGAUGAUUAAUAACUGUAGAAAAAUUAGACCAAAUGAAAUGCGCCCGAAUGGGCUUGAUUUAUGUGGCCUUCAUGUCUUCAGUUUUAGAUGAAAUGGUUAUUACUCUCCAGUGCUACAGAAAUAAGGGUCUUAAACUUCAGUAAUCACAGGCAGGGCAAACCUGCUAGGAAACACGAUUUAGGAUGGAGCGGGAGGAGAGCAGGUGCCCAGGCGUGUGGGUGCACACUUGUGUGUGUGUGUGUGCGUGUGUGUGUGUGUGUGUGUGUUCGUAUGCACUUUCUGCUGCGUUCCUGCGGGGAUCUAAUUCUGGUCUAACUUCAUGUUGCAGUUGUUUUAGAAGUGGUUUGGUAUAGGAGCCAGGGGCUGUGCUUCAAGGCUUUUUGCUGUUAAGACUGACUGGCGGGCUCUGGGUAGAGCAGCCUGUGCUGUGGAGGAGCCCCUGGGCAAUGGUGGGGAGCCGUCCCCCCCUCCCCGAUGGGGGUUAGCCUAAACGCUGGAUGUUGCACAGCAUCCCUUACCGCUGCUCAAAGGUCCCCUUCUCUCCCUCCUUGCCUCGCUGCUUUUCUCUGGACCACCAAUACCCCACGGCGAGAACCACAUCCCACCAAAGAGCCACACUUCGGGGACCUUGUUCUGCCACUGUCAGGUGGCCACAGGGCCACCACCGGGCACAGGACCCUGCCGGCGCGAGCCCUGGCAGCUCUGCCGCCGGGGCUGGCGGGGGGGCAGAGGGUGCCGGCACCGUGCGAAGGUGUGGAAAAAACAUGGCCAGGUAGAGACAGGCACCAGGGUAAUUAAAACCGCUGCUCCACGACGGCCCCAUAGUGCACGUGCGGGCGGCAGCGGGUCGGGAAAGAGUGACCGAACCUUCUCUCGCUGGUGGUGUCCCCCCGUACAGGCGCUGAGGUGGUGAUUUUUCUUAUCACAGAUGUAUUAACUCUGAAAGACCUCUUCCCAAAAAUAAUGUCAUGCACGCAUACAUAAAAAAUAGUCAUGCACACAUAAGUAUACAUGUAUACAUAUAUACAAGUACAUAUACAUACAUAUAGUUAGGUAGAUAUAUACAUGCACCUUGGGAUGAAAGGCACAUACUGAUGCCUUUUUGGCAAGGUUGUUCUCCCCCAUCUGCAGGACAUGGCACCACUCACUGUUAGAAGGGGCAGGAGAAAUUCCUGCAAUAGGUGGGUAUCGAAACGAUCCCUCAAACCAAACCGUCAGCUCGGCAGAAGGAGGGAAAUACGGUCGGUGCUCAGGAUGUCAGGCACCUUCCUCCCUCCGGGGCUUUUCCCUGGGGCUGCGCAGGGGUGGUGGGCUGCAGCCCCCCUCUGCUCCCCUGCUGAAAUGAGGCAAUGAGGGAAAAGAAGGGAGACGGAUGCAGUGCAGUGGGGGAAAAUGAAACUGGAAUAACAGAUUGUCUAAAAGGUAGCUGAAUAUCGAGCUCUAAAAUUACUCAGCUCAAUUCGGCUUUGUUUCCGUGAGAGAACCCAUGUCUAUCCCUAGGAUGUUUUUGGUCACUUAUCGGUAGCAAGCCAAAAUGAAGCUUACUUAACAGAGUACUUUAUUCUUUCUAAAAUAUCUGGGGAGCAAACUGGGCUUUGGGCUACUUUCCACACAUAACAAAGACCAAAUAUAAGUUCUGUUGAAACUACUUCGAAAACUUACAUUGACUUCAGUAGGACUGAGACUCUACUAAAACACCUUUUCUCCAGAAAAAUGGGCACUUGCGUCAGUGAGGCUGAGAGAAAGCCAUUAAACUGUAAUAAAAUUCACAUCCGCUUACGUUGCUCGCAGUGUUCAUCACUUCUGUGGAUAGCAAACGGGUCUGGUGGUUUGGUGGUGGUCUUGCAUAGCCAGUCUUCAAUUACCGUGGUCUCUUUAGUAGUCUUGCCGAAGCUUUGCUUAGGACGCUGGGCUGGAGGAGCGUGGUGGGCGCGCACAGCCCUGCAGAACGCGCUGCAGGAUGAGUGCCUCGCCGGUGGGUGAUGCAGCCGCGGGGUACAUGCGAUGCCCUGGGCACUGUCCUGGCCACGAGCGCUGCUGGCGCCCGCGCUCAGCUCAACUCCGCUCCGUCGCAGCCGCGGCCCGCGCCUGCUUAUGCCUUUCACGGUCAGAAAUGACGUUUUCCGAGGGCUUUGUUACAUGCCCAAAUGCCUCGAGACAGGCGCCUGAGCAGGACGCAAAGCAUCAGGGGGAGAGAACGGGAGAGACCAUGUGAGUUUACAUAGACCCAUGGGGACCAAAUUGUUUUCUUUUUUCCCUAAAUCAUCUGCGUGCACCGUAUAAAGGCUUCACAGCACUCUGGAGAACGUGUUUUGGGUUUUUAAUUCUAGUUUUGUGAGUCCAUUUAUUAAUUUUCUUUGCAAAGCUGCGGGCUGAAGGGGAAAACAAGGUUGAUCUUUAUUGGCAAUGACCGUAAUGUAACCGAGACCUUCAGUCAUAUCUCACACUGCUCUCCUAGCCCUAGAAAGGCCGGAGAAAACAUUCUUACCCUGCCCUGAAGCCCUUUCCACCAUUGCGAGUACGCACGUGGACUUGACUUUCAGAGUAAUUUUUGCAUAAGGCCCCAUGUGUAUCAUGGUACAAAAUAAUUGUCCAGUCUUAUGGAUAGUUUAUGCCCCAACGGGGUUUUGUAGAUUAAUAGUAAAAGAACAAAAAAGCACUUUUAAAUUAUUUAUAUUAUAAAAAGACAUUCUUUAUUUUUCUUGGCAUCGAUAUCACUUAGCUAAAAAAUCAGUUUAUAAGUACGAUAUUACAGAUUUUAAACUAUAGCAAUGAUAAAGCGAACACGAAAAAGCAGAAUUCAGAAUUAAACAGACGAAACUUACCAACGUGAAGCAGAAGGAUGGCAGGCCCAGCUGGUUGAACGGGAAUUGCUGGACUUCAGCGGGGGGUGUCCUCCCUGACGUCCCUUCGCGCGUCUCCCCCGGCCGUGCCGCCCGGGCCCCGAGGAGCGGGCGCGCGGGGCAGCGAGGGGGGGCUGGCCCCUUCCCCGUGUUUGCAGGACGUGCUCGAACCCGGGCGCUUCGGUUUAUCCGGACGUACGCGCGUUAGAGGAGCGAGUGCUGCGAGUGCAAUAUUUUCCCAGCCAACACAGGAUUUAGAGGGGGGUUUGGUGAUUUUGUGAUCUAUUCGGGGCCUUGCUCGUGUUACAUUUUCGGACCUCAUACAAGCACUUAAUGACUUUGCUGAGGCUGAGUCAGUCUGUUGCACAUUGAUGUAGAUUAAGUGGCACCCACUGAAUUACCUCUCUACUUUCCAACGUGGUUCACUUGUACAUAAGUGUAAUGUCAAAUUGUUUACAGGUUAUUUUGUGUGUAAUUGUGGAAAAAAAAAAGAAGUUUUAACUACAAAUUUAAAGGAAUCGAUUUUACUGGAAGGUGUUUAAAAAAAAUGAAUGUGCUUAAUGCAGUAUAGACAUCAUUGAUUAUGGUCUCACAUGAAUGCAUGUAUCUCCGUGUUGUCAGUCCCCACCAGUGAGGUUAUUGGCAAUAUUCUGCAGUCUGUGAAUAGCAAAUAUGCAUAAACUACUGUGACUCUGACAAAUAUAACUCGGUAACUGUUUCUACUGUGGUAUGUAAAAAAAAAAAAAAAUCAUGUAGCUUUUAGCCUGCUGUAUUUCCCUGGUACAAAUAACACCAUGAAAGAAAGAGAGACAUGUUGGAAAAAAACAAACAAGUCAUAGCUGUGACCUAUGUGGAGUCAUUCGUGCAAUGACACCUGCCAGGUAGCUGUGGUCCAACUGCUAAAAAAAUGCCUAUUUAUAGAGGCUCGGAGGUGGUAAAUGAGGGUGUUGCUAUUGCCUUCUGCUCCAGCAUCACUGCUGGCGGAAGAGCUGACCUUUUGCUUAGGAUGACGAUAAAUGAAGAGAGCCACUCCAUAUUAGUCAUUUCCAUGUGCGGGUUAGGUGUUAUACAAUAUGCUGGUGAAAAGUACAGCUAUCAGUGUUGUGGCAUUGAGUGGCUGAAAACUGCAGCUAAUUUGUGUCUUGCCAUUCAAAUAAAUCAGUGCAUAUACACUGUAAGAGCACAGACAAGAAUAAAUAAGUUGGUAUCCUUCAACUGUCAUAUAUAUAUACACACAUAAAUAUAGAGAUAGAUACAUACAUGCUUUCUUGCCCACUGUGAUUUAGCAUCAGUUUAUGUUAAUCAGUUCCCUGCAGGCUGGGGAUUAUUCUCCCUUGAAGGUGAUGGGGGUUUUUUCCUCAUUUAUUUCUGGGUUGGGCUGAAGAUAACAGUUCAGUGGUCACAGGGUGAGAUUCUUCUGCCUCCCUGUCUUGAACAGAGAUUUUCUGAUGCCAUGAUUUGAAAGUACUGUCACCAGCAGCAAUACUUCUGGAAAAGCCAUCAUUGCAUCAGGGGUUACCUGCCAGAGUAUUUCCAAGAAUACUUUGAAAUACUCCCAUCCUCUGUCAUUUUAAAGACACCUUGGCAAGGGACGGCUUCGUUACAGCCAGCGGCUGAGUCACAAAUGGAGAGAGCGCAGGGCACGGCAGGAGGAGAAGGGUAUGGAGGGAAAGGCAGGGUAUCUAUCUCUUCUGGACAAGGAGGGGCAGCCAGCUGCGGCCUUUCUCGGUGCUGGUCCCCACGCCAUCCAUCCCAGGCAGGUCCCAGGGUCUGCAGAAGGUGCCCAGCUGUGAGGCUUUACGUUCCUCCAGUAGCUGCUGCAAAGGUAAAAAGAGAGAAAGGCUGCCGGGGCUGGGAGGAAGCCGUUUGCAAGCCUCUCCCCCAGCGGUGCUGUUCUUGGAAUGACAGACUCAUAAUUUGGGUUUAUUGUCAUAUCUUCUUCCCUUCUGCACAGCUGUCUGGGGGGUAAUUGGGGCUCGGUACUGCUGGCGUUGCCGCUCUGGGUGGCCCAGCUCUCAUUGCUCUUCCAGCCAUGCAUACACACGAAUAUGACUCGAAUCGGGAAGCAUCGCUGUAGGCAAGCUGGGUCUGAAAAAGCCAGAAAACCAGGCAAUUGCUCACUUGUGGGGCUGAGUAUCCCGGGAUGAUUCUACUAUUAUUAUUUUUAAUCUGUGGUACUUGGCUGUUCUUCAGAGGAAGCCGUUUCCAAGGGCCCCUUCCUGGGAGAAGGUGAAAGAUCCCGUCUUUGCAGAGCUCCCCCCAUAUGGUGCUUCACCAUAGCAGGGAUUUGGAUGUUACAGUAUCUGCACAAGCAUAUGGAAAGCAAAGCAUUUCUGGAAGUUACGUCUCCUCAGAUGGCGAGGCGUGAUGCUCGCCGAGCGCCGCGCGGCAGUCACAGCCUGCUGCACCAGCUCGCUCCGCUGGCAGCCUGCAAACGGCCGACGCUGGAAGAACCACGAGCCAGAUGAUAAAAUGCGAUUCCCAUCCCAGCAGAUGAGUCUGCAGGAGACACCCGCCUUCUGCAUCGGUGACAGCAUGCCAACACCUGCAGAGCCAGCAGCGGGGUCCCUGCGGUCCCUAAACUGCCAUCACAGCUCUCGGGCGAGCUUCUCCCAAAUUAAACACCCCUUGCCUGGAGUCAAGGAGAUGGGGAGACAGGGCAGGGAUGAAAUGAGGAGAUGGUUCUGCUGCUGUUUCUAAACAAACCUCAUGGUCUGUAACCCCGUUUACCUGCCUGCUUUCUCCUGAGUGGCAUUUGAAACCCGGAGUUCAUCACUGGCUUGUGGGGUGAGCAGCAGCAUCCUCCUCUUGUGGGGCUGGUUCGGUCAGGGCCGCUUUGGGGCCCUGCGGCUUGGAGGGUGAAGAUGAAGAUCAGCUCACAGGGUAGUAGUGCACUCGCCUUCAUACAAAUGAAACAAGUACUGAUGCUGCUAUCGCCAGUUUUUUAUCAGAAAUGACACAGGUUACUUCUCUGGGUAGGCAUUUUUGUCCUAAUGGCAUAUAUCUAAAUUACUGUAGGUGUUCAAUGCCGGUAACAUGAACCAGUAACUGCAAGUAGCUGGACUCCAGAUGUCCGUGGAGCUCUUGCACUUGUGUAUGGAUGAGAUCUUUGACUUUGCUGACCAAUUAUUUUUUUAAAAAUGACAGUUUGGAAUAAACAAAAAAUGGACUUUUUAUUUUCUUUUUUUUGAAUGUGAAACAACAAAUACUAUUUUGUCUAACCUGAAAUGAAAGAAAUGUUUCACUUCAAACAAAAAAGAAAUUAAUAAUGAUUCAUUACACCCAUUUUUGCUCUUUUUUUGUUUGAAUUAGGUCAGUUUUGAACUGAAAAAUGAGAAUUUGUGAGAAGAAAAGUUGAAAUCCUUCACGUUUAGAAUGGCAAUGCAUGCAUUUUUGCACAUGUCAGGAUGUCCCCCUUCCACACAUUCUUUUUCCCCAUCCAGGCCUGUUUCCCAGACUCACCCUGCAUUCCUGAAUAAUCUCAUUUCCAUGGACCUGUUGACAACCUGUUCCCCCGUCCUGGCCACCCGCUUUCGCCCCACAGCAGCGACGCUGGCAGGCGGCGGGUGGGCUCGCUGCGAGUCCCGGCGAGCACAGCCGCUGCUCGCAAACCUGAGCAUCUGUUGUUAAAAGACAACCCCGCUCCUUCCAACAUCUGUAUGCCUUUGUAAUACACUAUGGCUUUUUCAAAACAGCACAUUUUGCGUAUUUUAAGCAGCUCCACUUGUUAGCAUAUGUUGAUUGAAGCCGUGCUCUGGGGUUUAAGUGGGUUUGGGGGGAUGCACACACCUGUGCGCAGAGAUGGCUCUCGGGCAGCAGCGCAUCUCGUCUGAGAUCCCUGAGGACAAGCGUAGACAUUUGUCCCAGGAAAAAAGUCCUUUAAGACCUCCUGAGCUUUUGGGAGGUGUAGUUAGGUGUCCUAGACUAUUUCCAAUUUCCUGGGGAGACAAAUAAAGACAAAAUGAAAGAAAUUAAUUUAAGAUCAAAGAUUGCUUUGUAAAAAUGAUUUGCUUUCCUUUGGUGGCUCAAGAGACCCCAAGCAGAGCAGGAGCACUGUACCUGUUCGUGCACUUCUUUCAACUUUAUUCACUUAUGAUAAUACUUAUUAUGUCUUAGGCAAUGUUGUGGUAGUUCUGGAGAAGCCGCGCUCUGCGAACGUGCCCUGUUACAGAGGUGUCACGACUGCCGGGUCCGGGUACGAGGUGUGAGCAGACAGUCCUCUCCUGCGUGAGCACGCACCGUGCUGCUCAGCCAAGUGCCAAUUAGCAAGGCUCUGGCCAGCUCCCUAAUAAUAAAUCUUAAGAAAAGCUGAACUGUUAUGGGAUAAAUUAUUGUCCUCAUUCCCUUCCAUGUGGAGAGAAAAGAACCAACUUGUUCUUCUUUGCUGAGGAGAAGACAAAUUCCAGCAGUCAGGAGUAAAAGGAAACAUUCCGAGGCGUUGGUCCGACUCAGCCCGGGCUGUCUCCGGCUCCCCCCGCUUCGCCCCUCUCUGGGUUUGGUUUCACUGCCCGUCUCUCCCAGCCCUUCCCGUCUGCAAAGGAGGAGAACACGUCGGAAGCAGCUGAGCUCUCUGCUGUGGUGGCAGGGGCUUCUCCCCUGCAGGUCGCACCUCUGUCCUGAGCAGGGGCUCAGCUCUGCGGCUUCCCACGUGUUUUCUAGGGCGGGAAGCUGAAUUUUGCUAUUCCUAGCACUUCUGAGUACUGUCUUGUCUUCUUUUCAUGUCAGGGCAGGUGUGAAAGAGCAAUGGAUGUUCAGGUUAGAAUACCUGUAUGAUUAUUACUGAGGAUUUAAUUACCUUCCCUACGCAGCACUGUGUGAUGUGCAUGGAAAGUAGGAGAGAUUCCCUUUGAUACCGGGUGAUAUCAGAAAAUAAUUUUAAUCUGCCUUACAACUAUAUAAUAAAAGGAGCUUAUAUAGAGAAAUAUAUAUAUACACAUACGUAUAUUUCUUUUUCUCACUGAGUGAGUCGUUCUAGCCUGUGAUCAGAGUGAGCAGCACGAGGCCAGGUCUGGACUUGCUCUGUGCCUGGAAGGUGUGUUGCUCUAAGCCACACAGGUAAGUGCUGGUGGGAAGAACGGCCCUAACUCAUCGCUUGUUCAAACCCUUGUCAGAGGAGAGGACAUCUCUCCCCAGAUGUAACCUCUAACCGCCCCAAAAUGACAAGCUGUCCAAGCACUCAAUAUGCAGAGGAGGUCUGGGAUGGGAAGGCUGCCGGUUAGUACCAGUGUCACCCUUUCUGCUCGCUGAUCUUAGCAAUUCCCACGAGACGCAAUGGUCAGGCAGGCUGAGGUGUGACUGCGCAAGCCAUCCAUGGGCUUGACAGGAAUGGGAAUAAAUCGUUACUGUGCCCCAAAACCAGAGCAAAUGAGGAGCUCGGCAGCUUGCUCGAUGGUAUCCAGUGGAAAAGGAAGAUCCUUUCCGCUGUCAGGCAGGACUGGGGUGGGACUGUGCCGUUUGGGACGCAGACCCACGCACCCUCCAGCCUGCAGCAACAGCCUCUCCCCGCUGUACCGAGGGCAGGGGCAGGGCAAAGAGGAAACCUACUGCAGGGAACCGAGACAACGAGAUUGUCUCAUGCGAGAGCAGAAAGCAACAGAUACUCGCUUCUUGCUCGACUUUUCACUCCCGUUGCUGCUGCGGAGUGCCGAGGAGCUGGUGCUGCCCCGUCCUCAGCUGGCAGCGACCACCCCUCGGGCUCCUGCUGGCGAAAAGUCUGUAGGGGAGAACUCUGUAAAUACAGCAGGUUAAAAGCUGGCAAAGUAACAGCAGAUCUGUAUUUAAUGCAGAUGUUUCCCAUGUUUUGUAGUAUUGUUUUAUUGAUAAAUAAAAAUCAGCCAAAGACAAAAAAGGCA